AUGGUGCUAGUAAGUACGGACACGUUCCUGGCCAAGGUGACGGAGUUCUACGCUGAGGCGCAGGGCUCCAAGGGAUCAGUUGCCGUCUCCUGCAAAAGUGUUCCUGUGGCCAAGGUGAACAACAAAGCUCAGCAGAAAAUCCUUAAGCUCACGUACGGCAACAACAAGCACAAGAAGAAAUACAGCACUGUGGUGACGGCGGUGAACCACGCGUCGUUCCAUGCGUCUCUGAGCCAGAUCGUUAAGACUAAGGUGGAUGUACCGACUAAGGAUGCAGUCGGCAAAGGCCCCAAGCGAGUGGCGGCUAAGGUCAAGAAGACAACGGAAUAG